AUGCUCCCCACAUUCCUCCUCGCCCUCUUGCCCCUCGUGGCCGCCCAGACGAGGUCAUCAAAACGCGGUCUCGUCUUCACACCCAACGCCAGUUGGCCUCAAGAUAACCAGGUCUGGGUUCAGACCGGCUCCGACUUGACAUGGUACUACAACUACCAAGAGAUUCCUAGCCCCGCCUUCGCCUCGAAGCCCCAGUCCGACUUCGAGUUCGUUCCCAUGAUGUGGGGUGUCUCAUCCAACCCCGAAGACACCACCUUUUUGAAGUCAGUCAAGAGCUUGAUCCAGGAUAAGGGCAUCAACAUCACCCACGUCCUGGGCUUCAACGAACCAGAUGGCCCCUCAAUGUACGGCGGCAGCGAUAUCGCGCCUGCCAUCGCCGCCAAGGCCUGGGUCGCCAACUUCGUUCCUCUGGGCGAGAUGGGCAUCAAGCUCGGUCUGCCUGCCUGCACCGGUGCCCCGGCCGGCCUGCCGUGGCUGCAUCAGUUCUUGGGCAACUGUUCCGAUCUGAUCAGCAGCGGAGGGGACAAGAAGAACUGCACCUACGACUUUCUUCCUGUUCACUGGUAUGACAACUUUGGUGGACUGGCCAGCCACAUUGGUGAACGCAGAGCCAACUUCCCGGACGCCAAGAUCUGGGUUACCGAGUAUGCCUACGCCCAUCAGGACCUCGCUGCCACGCAAGAUUUCUACAACAUGAGCGCCGAGUACUUCGACCGCAUCGACUACAUCGAACGGUACACCUACUUCGGCGCCUUCCGUUCCAAGACCAGCAAUGUUGGCCCCAAUGCGUCCUUCCUCAACAACGACGGCAAACUGACCGACAUUGGAUCGUGGUACCUGGGCCUCAGCGCCACUGGAGUCAACCCUCAGUCCGGAAGUGGAAGGAGGCCAGGGGCGCCUGUUUUUGUGGCUAUGGUGGCGACCAUCGUAUCCGCGGCGAUGGCCUUCUCGCUCUGA